UCUUUGUCCUCAAUUAAAGUUCUUUCAUUACCUAAAUUUUUUUUCUUUUUCUAUAUAACUCUCUCCUCCAAUUCUAUUUCUUCCCACAAAUUCUUCUUCAUCUUCAAGCUUCGUUCUUGUGUGUACCAUCAAGGAUCAAAACGGUUCGCUUGGUUGCUUUUCUUGAGCUGGGAUUUUUGGGUUUUUAGCGACAGAGAUGGAAAGCAAAGUGGGUUAUGAGAAUGAUCUGAAUCACAAGGAUACAGAGCUCAGAUUAGGGUUGCCAGGAAGGGAAGAAGAGCAAGGAUCACUGGUUAGCUCUAAGAACAAUAACAACAAGAGGCCUUUAUCUGAAGAAGCCUCUGAGAAUUGUGGAACAAAGGGUUCUGAUUCCAAUGAAUCAGCCCCUCCCGCCAAGGCAAAGAUUGUGGGGUGGCCACCAAUCAGAUCUUACAGGAAGAACAGUAUUCAGGAGGCUGAGGCAUCUGGGAUUUAUGUGAAAGUGAGUAUGGAUGGAGCUCCAUACCUUAGAAAGAUUGAUCUGAAGGUUUACAAUGGCUAUCCUGAACUCCUCAAGGCUCUAGAGAACAUGUUCAAGUUAACCAUAGGUCAGUACAAUGAAAGAGAGGGUUACAAAGGAUCAGAAUAUGCACCUACAUAUGAGGACAAGGAUGGUGACUGGAUGCUUGUUGGAGAUGUUCCAUGGGAUAUGUUCAUGACUACCUGCAAAAGAUUGAGAAUCAUGAAAGGAUCAGAAGCUAGAGGAUUGGGUUGUGCAGUAUGAGGUAGAAGCAAAGUUUGUAUGAUCAGAGAUCAGAUCAGAUCAUUGAUCAGUGAGUAAGCAAGAGAUAAGAAUUGUCUUUUUUGGUGUGGAAGAAAAUCAUUUCUUCAAGCCUGGGUUCUCGGAAACAAACAAACAAGCAAACUGGAAUUUUGAGUCAUGUCCACUCUGGGGUUGGCCUGGUCUUUUGUAAGAAGAUGGAAGAUAUAUAUAUAGUUCAGUUUCCUUCGUGAAUAUUUUGAGAUCAAAAUUUCUGGCUCUAUUAGGGAAGAAGGGGAAAAAAUCUGUGGUGAUUGGAUGAUAUAAAGCGGUUGUUUUCUCUGAUCCUUUCAAGUGGGAAACUUCAUUGAAAUUUGUUUCAAAUGAAGAAGGAUGAAUAGGACAGGGUUUGAUGUGUUCAAUUCAAUCAUCCUAAGUUUUUUUCUUUUUUAAUGCUUAUUUGGGUUUUGUAUCAAUACACAAUGAUAGUGUAAUACACCAAUUAUUAUUGUUAAUUCGUAUGUGUAAUUUUGAUUUGUGAUUUGAAUCAUCAUAAAUUAAGCUUUGUGCGCC